UUCGUGGUCUGUGGAAUGUUUGGUUACCUAGAAGUGGUCUCGCUCUCUGUGUAGCUCGAGCUGGAGCCUUCAGGACUCCCACAGAACUUUCUUAACACCUAAAGAAGUCCGACUCGAGAGGACAGAAGAGCAUCCAGAUAACUAUCGGUACCGUAAAGUCACGUCGGAGCAAGAAGAAGAAGGACGACGAGUCGCGCGCUGGAUCCGGUGCCUUUGAGCCCGGUUCGCACCCCACCGAGACGGGCUUCCAGUCCGGUUGACGCUCCGCGCCUCCUCACCAUACUGAGGGAAGGAGGUGGAAUGUGUCCUCGGUGCCGCGGACCCCGUGUGAUGUGAGGAUGGGUCAGCGUGGUGUCGGAAGCGCCCGCAGCCCUGGAGGCUGAUGCACCGCCUCCGUCGGCCAAUCAGGAUGCACAUAGCUCCGGUGGGCGUCAACAAGUUCUGCUUCCUGUUCUCCCUGGCGUUCUGCGGCCUCCUGCUCCUGCUCAUCCCGGCCCUCCAGCCUCCGGCGCGCCAGGUGGACCUGCCCCAGCCCCGCCCCCAAGCCAGACGGGCACGGGCGGGCCUGCAGCACCGGGUCGGGGUUCCAGGAGCGUCUGUCCGUGCGGAGCUGAGUCGGACUGAAGGCACCGGGCCUGAUGCCCUUAGUCCCAAGAGGGGCAUGGGCCCUGGAAGAGGAGCUACCCCCCCUACAGGGAAGGCCGGUGGACCUUCAGGCUAUAGGUCCCGGAAACCGUUGGACUUCAAGGACAUUUUUAUUGCCGUGAAGACGACCAGGAAGUACCACAAGUCCAGACUGGAGCUGCUGAUCCAGACCUGGGUCUCCAGACACAAGGAGCAGACGUUCAUAUUUACCGACGGCGAGGACAAGGAGCUGCAGACGAGAACGGGAGUGAACCUCAUCAACACCAACUGCUCGGCGGCUCACACCCGCCAGGCCCUGUGCUGCAAGAUGUCGGUGGAGUACGAUAAAUUCAUCGAGUCUCAGAAGAAGUGGUUCUGCCACGUGGAUGACGAUAACUACGUCAUCCUGCCCAGCCUGCUGGGGCUGCUCUCCUCCUACCACCACAGCCAGGAUGUCUACCUGGGCCGGCCCAGUCUGGACCAUGCUAUCGAGGCUGCAGAGAGGGUCAAGAGUGACGGAUCGGUGUCCGUCAAGUUCUGGUUUGCCACAGGUGGAGCAGGUUUCUGUAUCAGCAGAGGCCUGGCGCUGAAAAUGAGCCCGUGGGCCAGUUUGGGUAAUUUCAUCAGCACGGCCGAAAAGAUCCGACUACCGGACGACUGCACCAUCGGCUACAUCAUCGAAGCGCUGCUGGAGGUCACCCUGACGCACACACACCUCUUCCACUCCCACCUGGAGAAGCUGCAGAAGCUGCCCACCGACACUGUGCUGGAGCAGGUCACUCUAAGCUUUGGAGGCUUCGAGAACAGAAGAAAUGUGGUCAGCAUUGUUGGAGGGUUUUCAUUGGCUGAUGACCCCACGAGGUUCAAGACGGUGCACUGCCUCCUCUACCCAGAGACCAGCUGGUGCCCGAACUCAGCCUGAGUGUGUGUGUGUGUGUGUGUGUGUGUGUGUGUGUGUGUGUGUGUGUGUGUGUGUGUGUGUGUGUGUGUGUGUGUGUGUGUGUGUGCGAACACUUCGGCCCAAAGUCUAUAUGGAAUACAGACGCUUUCUGUAGAAUGAGGUUGUUGAGCUGCUUUUCAUUUUUUUGAGUGUGAUGAAUGUUUUGGGUUCAGAACUCUUUGGUCUCUAAACAUCAAGCGGACGUUUUUAUUUCUUUUUAUGCCUUUUUGCAUUCUCAGCCAAAAACCUUCUCGUAUUAGCCCAUUGCCAACAGGCCCGUCGUUAUGGUUUUGCACUACAUUGAUGUGGUCACUUCCUGUUUGUUGCCGUGGUUACAGUGAACUGUAUUCUGUCUUUGCAUCGGUUGUAGUUUUGGCUCUGCACGUGCUUCUUUAAGGAGGAGACCUUUCGUUAUCGUUGUUUGUUAUUGGAGCCAAAGAAACCCCCAAAAUGUUGUUAUGGAACUUUAUGGACUUUCAUGGUCCCCCAAAGAGGGACACCAAUAAUGAGUGCCCUGGACCUCAAAAUGCACGAUGAUUCAUCAACGUUUGUUUCUGGCAGCUGGCAUUAGCAUAAUGGCUAAUGUUAGCCGCCAGUCCCUUCAGGCCACGCCCCUACAAAUUCUCAUCUUGAAUAAACAACAGACAUGGCUGUUGUUAGCAGUCAAGCUAGCAGCGAGCGGAGGCUUCUCGACGACCUUUCACGUGAUACGUGACGCAACGCUAAAGGACAUUUUCCUACACAUCAAGACUUCUUCUUCUCGGCUGAUUAACUUUCUCUCUGGCGCCGUCGACUUCGUUAACAGCAGCCAGAAGCUUUUAAGAGCCGACUCCGAAAUUUACGUCACAUUGGUUCCCUCAAAUAAAAGAAAAUGGCGUUUUUUAUUUUUUUACUAUUGCAGAAAAUAAACUGUGGCAGAUUAACUUGCGUCAUGCCUGUUCUGUUUGACAGAUGAACACGUUGAUGGGUUCCUCAUUUAGAUAAAAGCUUCUCGAUUCACAGGACGGAUAUUUACCGAUGUCUUUAAUGUUCUAUCAAAAUGUUAAUUUAGGCAUUUAAAAACAGAAAUAUUUUGCCUGGAAAUGUUUUUUUUGUUUUUGUGUGUGUGAAACACUUUUUGCACAUAACUAUGAUCCAAAACCCGGAGCACGUAUUCCACUGCAGGUCAGUGGGUGAGACUGAGUGAGUGUUUUUGUAAACUCUGAUGUAUUUUGUUUUGUUUUUAAUAACAAUAAAACUUUUCUGCAUUGUCA